UUGCUGAUUACAAGUUUUUGCACUUCUUUUUGCAGUGGCAAUGCAAAGGAAGAACCUGGUGCUAUUGUUUGCCGAGUUGCACCAUCAUUUCUUCGGUUUGGUUCGUACCAAAUACAUGCCUCUAGCGGGAAAGAGGACCUUGAAAUUGUUCGUGCUUUGGCAGAUUAUGCCAUCAAACAUCAUUUUCCUCAUAUCGAGAGCAUGAAUAAAAGUGAGAGCUUAUCUUUUAGUACAGGUGAUGAAGAUCAUUCAGUUGUGGAUCUGACCUCAAACAAGUAUGCAGCUUGGACAGUGGAGAUUGCUGAACGGACUGCUUCUAUGAUCGCAAGCUGGCAAGGGGUUGGCUUUACUCAUGGAGUAAUGAACACUGACAACAUGAGUAUACUGGGUCUCACCAUUGAUUAUGGUCCCUUUGGAUUCCUGGAUGCCUUUGAUCCUAGUUUCACUCCAAACACCACGGAUCUUCCAGGAAGAAGAUACUGUUUUGCAAAUCAGCCUGAUAUUGGUUUAUGGAAUAUUGCACAGUUCACAGCUACCCUAUCAACUGCCAAGUUGAUUAACGAGAAGGAGGCAGAUUAUGCCAUGGAAAGAUAUGGAAACAAAUUCAUGGAUGAGUAUCAAGCUAUGAUGACUAGAAAGCUUGGUCUUCCAAAGUACAAUAAACAGUUGAUCAACAAACUCCUUAAUAAUAUGGCUGUGGAUAAAGUUGAUUACACAAAUUUCUUCCGGUUGCUUUCCAAUGUUAAAGCAGACCCAAAAAUUCCAGAAGAUGAGUUGUUAGUUCCCCUGAAGGCUGUUCUUUUAGAUAUUGGACAGGAGCGUAAAGAAGCAUGGAUCAGCUGGGUGCAAUCCUAUGUGCAUGAGCUGGCUGCUAGCGGGAUCUCAGAUGAGCAGAGGAAGGCCCAAAUGGAUUCAGUAAACCCCAAGUAUGUUCUCCGAAACUACGUGUGCCAGACUGCCAUUGAUGCAGCUGAACAAGGUGAUUACACAGAGGUCAGGAGGCUCCUCAAAUUAAUGGAGCGGCCGUAUGAUGAGCAGCCUGGAAUGGAAAAAUAUGCUCGCCUUCCACCAGCCUGGGCUUAUCGGCCUGGUGUUUGCAUGCUUUCAUGCUCUUCAUGAGUUGCUUGAUCUUAUGAAAGUAGUCUUAAGACAUGUAUGUAAUAGUAGCAUCAAGCUCUUGUCCUCACAAUAAACUGCAGUAACAUGGAAACCUUGUUUGUCUAUGCUGUUAUAACAGGUCAAGUUGGAAAGGUAUUAUUUAUUUAUUUAUUUUUAUUUUUUCUCAUCACAAUGGUUGUAAUCUUGUUCAUGGAUAAUGUGGAGACUGCUUGAGUUUCUUCAAUAUUAUAGACACGUGAGUAUAUGCAUGGUGUUGUUACUGAAAUAUGCCUUUUU